UUAAUGAAAAACUCUUUUAAAAAAAAAAAAAAAAAAGAAGAAAAAGAAAAAAAACUUCUUUCUUCCUCGGACUACCUAUGAGCAGCAGUGACCCAAUUUCCAUAACUGCAAGAUAACCAUGUUUGCCCUCAGCUGUCACCUGAACAACUCCCAAAUUGUACAUUAUUUUAAUGGAGGUCGUAGUCUCUUGGCACAUAGAAGAUGUUAUAUAAAGCCACCUUGCUUUUUCAAAAACAUGAAAAUCACCAUCACUUUUACGGACAAUGAAUCAGAUAAUUCUCAAGAACCAGUAGAGGAUUUCCGGAAACCAAACGAAGAACCACCAGACGAGCCUCCUGCUAAACCCCAAGAAUCCUCUUCUGUAUGGAGAAAUUGGACUUUGGGAAUACUAUUGUCUAUACUUUUACCUUCUUUCAGACACAAAUGGGGACCUUACCUGUUACUUAAGAGCCAGGUGGACAUGGCCGUAGAAACAGCAGAAACUGUGGCAGAGGUUGUAGAAGAUAUAGCUGAGGUGGUAGAGAAAGUUGCUGAUGAAGUUGCUGAUAGGCUUCCUGAAAAUGGAAAGGUUAAAGAUGCUGUAGAGUCAAUAGAACAUUUUGCUGAAGAAGUUGCAGAAGAUGCUAAGAUAGCUCAAGAAUUCAUUCACAAGGUAGAAGAAGUGGAGGAAAAGAUAGAAAGUCUAAACUUGUUUGACAUGGAUCGGAAAUCCGACAGACCGAAAGAGUCUUAACUCUCAAGAGAACCUCACAAAUACUCUAACCAAUGCGUAUACUUCUUUAUACUUCCUUCUUCUUCCUUUUUUUUUCUUUUUUUUUUUUUCUUUUUUUAUCCUUUCCUAUUUUUGUUUUUCAUUACAUAUUAUUGCUUAUGCUUUCAAUUUUUCUAUUAGAUCUCUAACCUAGACUUAAUUGAAAGAGAAAAUUUAAAUAUAACUAUUUAACAGUUAAUAAUUAUAUGCAAUGUAAUUUUCAACUACAAUAUCAAUAAUCACUAGUUGUAUUAAAUAAAAUUUAUAGGCUCUAUAAAAUAUUUAUUAUC